AAGUGCACAUUUGAAUCAGCUGCCGGAAAUUGCAUGAAUCAUGGAUUCUCAAUCUCCAGUAGAUAUAUUAGGAUCGAGAAACUGGCUUGAUUUGCCUCCAGAUGUAAUAUCUCAUGUAUUUUUAAAGCUUGGAGCUGUUGAAAUCCUUUACAGAGCUCAAUGGGUAUGUUCUUCAUGGAGAAAACUCUCUAAAAAUCCUCAACUAUGGCGGUCAAUCGAUAUGCGGAAGCAUAAUGAUUCAUUCUUUGGGGAGGAACAUGUAAUGGAGAAAAUGGCUAGAGAAGCUAUAGAUAGGAGUUCUGGCGAAUUGGUUGAAUUCUCUGUGGAGGAAUUUGCAACUGAUGGUCUUUUACUCUAUAUAGCUGAUAAAUGUAAUUCCCUCAGAUGUCUCCGACUUGUAUCUUGCUAUGAAAUUUCUCCCAAAAGUUUUAUCGAAAUGGCCAAGAAACUUCCCUUGUUGGAGGAACUAGAAUUGCGGCAUUUGGCAUUCUCAGCAAGAAAUCUUGAAGUUGUUGGACUUUCUUGUCCCCAGUUAAAGUCAUUUCGGUUAAACUACCGAGCUUACUGGCAUCCAGGCUUACAACGCAAUGACAAGGCAUUAGCCAUUGCAAAGACCAUGCCUCAACUGCGCCACCUCCAUCUUCUCGGAAAUAAGAUGAGUGACUUUGGUCUGAAAGCCAUUCUUGAUGGUUGCCCACACCUUGAAUCUCUUGACCUACGCCAAUGCUUCAAUCUCUCUCUGGAGGGAGAUCUGUUACAGAGAUGUAAAGAUAUGAUUCAAGUAUUAAGACUUCCCAAGGACUCAACUGAUAAUUUGGAAUUCUAUGCUCAAAUUGUGUCUGACGAACAUGUUGAGCUUUGCAGGCGUAAGUUGCAGAACUACUCAUUAUGAUUGUGGGUGGCUGUUGAAGAUUAUUAGUUUAAUAAUUCCGAUGUACUUCACUUGCUGGCCGUUUUGUGGGCUUGUACUGUGGUUUGUUCAUUUGUUAGGGUAAGACUAUAAAAAGCAAGAUUAUAAGAACACCAUAUAAGGAUGUUCGGAAGUGCUUAUUUUUCCUGAUAGAGUGAUAGUCAUGAUUUGGAUGUUUACUGACACUCUAAUGUAGGAUCUCUACCUGUCAUUGGAAAGAAAGUGACAUGCAGCUGUCCGUGAUUGAGAAAGAAGGCCCAAUGUUGAAAAUUGAAUAUGGAAGUUAAGCUAAUGGAAGUAUAUUUUCUUUGAUUCAGCAUGAACCUACAGCUUUACUUGGUGGUUUAGUUGGCUUUUUCUGUUCUUCGUCACUAGUGUCACAAAAUGUCACAUGGGUUUGUAGAAGUUACAAGCAUAAAUACAUCUUUUGUAGUUUUUUUUUUAAGUAA